CUCCACAGCCAUGGCCGCGUCCGAGCAGCCUCUGAAGAAGCGCAAGCUCUACGAGCCCCAGCCGGAACCGCCCCCAACGCCGCCGCCGCCGCCCCACCAGCCGCCGCAGCCGCCGCCGCCCCCCGCCGCCCCAAACCCUAGCCCGCCCCGACCCCGCCGCCGCGCCGCCCCGGGGCCGCCGUCCCAGGAGGAAAUCGCCGCGAGGAGGAGGAACAGGGAAGCGAUUCGGGGCGUGUACGAGGCCUACAAGCGGAUUAGGUUUUGCAUUGGCCAGAAGGAGCCGCGCCCCGCGCCCGAAUUGGAGCCGGCUUAUCUGUCCCUCAUUGCUGCCGCGCGAGGUUGUUCUAGUGUGCAACGGAUUGUGGUUGAUCUUAUUCCCCGAUACGCAUCAUACUGUCCGACUGCUCUUGAAGCCGCAACAAAAGUCUUAGUCAAUAUGUACAAUUGGAACCUUGCAAUUAUGACCAAGGGAGGGGAUGCUGAUGGAAUUGCAUUUCAGACUACUAAAGCCUGCAUUCUUGGUCUAGUUGAUGUUUGCUGCGCAGCUUCUUCAUUGGCACCAACAUCAUCUGUUAUCCGAGGCAUAUGCAUGACCGUUUUUAACAAUGUGCUCAACUUUUUCAUGUCCUCUUUUGAGGGAAGUAGUAUUGUCCAGAUCAUUGGUAAACAAAAUUUGAGGAUGCCAGAUUCUGAUGAGAUCUUUUCUGAGCUCAAGCUAAAAUGUUUAGAUGGAGAUGAUUCUCCACUUAUUAGAUUGUCUAAGUUGCGUGCACUGAGUGCCCUUCGGAUCUUCUGUGCUUGUACUAAGAACAUGCUCGAGGCUUGUUUUGAGCUCCUUAACUCCUCUAUAAAGGAAGGAACUCAAAAUGGAGGAUUUUAUUUCCUAAAUCAGGUAACGAGCAGGCUUGAUGCUGAUGAUGUGGCUUGCCUUAUGGAUGACUCAAGUGAUGAAGCUAAGUCAUGUACAGGUUCUGUUAGAACCAGCAGAGACAGGAAUGAGGUUGUGAGUGUGGACCUACCAUUAGAUGGCAAAAGUUCCUCUAUGAAUGGAUCUUUAGUUCCGAAGAAUUGCUUGUUAGGACUGGCAAUUGCCAAAGAUUCAUCCUUGAGAACUUGGAUUGUUAGGAAGUGCAAGAAAUUAAAAAGAUUGGCAUCUUCUAAAGCUAUGUCAGAAACAUUAUCUGCCUUUGAAGGCUGCUUAGAGUCUCUGAGUGAACUGGUCAACUUAGAGGAGAGUCUAGGAGAUAGUGAUGAAGAUGAUUUUAAUCCGUGCACAUCUUUUAGCGGACAUUAUUUGAGGCGUGGGGUUUCUAAUCAGUGUUCUAUCCCCAGCAAAUCAUCUUGGGAAGAUGAUAAUGUAAGAUCUCAUAAUGGAUCAUGCAGUGAAGAUUUUAGCCAUAAAUACCCUAAUCAACAUUUAGAACCUCAGGCUUGUGAGGUUCCUCUUGAGAUGGAUCAUCACUCUAAGAUUGGUGAUCAUGGUCGCUCAGGAUCCAGGUCCUCAUGCCUUGAGAUUGUAGAAAAUGGUGAAUUUUCAGGUAGCAUAUCUUCUUGCACACCCAGAGAUGUGCCUGAGCGCCAGUUGGUUUCACCUGGCAACAGAUCCCAAUCAUAUUUCAGGACUAAUUCUUUGAAAGGCAGGAAGGACUUUUCUUAUAUUGACUCUAAUCAUGUCCUUAAAGCAGAGGCAACCUCACCUCACAUGAGAUCAUCUGCAGGAAGUGCACCAAAUAGUUUUUCCCCUAAGGGUAAUUAUGCGGUACCAAGUGGCUUUCCGAGUCAAAUGGUUUGGUUCUCAGAUGGUGAACCAGCAGCUAUGGAUGUAUACUCUGCUUCUAACCAGCUGUGGGUGGGUGCUUUGGGUCAUGAUGUAUCUGAAGCUCAUGUGAGAUUUGAGGCAGAUAAAUUUGGUCCUGUUGAACAUUUAUUUUUCUAUCCAAGAAAACGGUUUGCACUGGUUGAGUAUAGAAAUAUCAUGGAUUCUAUUAGGGCUCGGAAUCAUAUGCGAAGACAUCUUCCAUGGUGCAUUAAGUUUUUGGACAUAGGACUAGGAACUAGGGGAUCUGUAAAUGGUGUGGCCGUUGGUUAUAGCAAUUUUGUUUAUAUCGGGAAUGUUUUGGGUCAGUGGAUGAAGGACGAGUUACUGAAUGAAUCAAGGAAAGCACUUUACAAAGGUCCUUAUACAGUUACAGAUCUAGGCAAUGAAGGUGCGAUGCUACUGGAGUUUGAAACUCCUGAGGAAGCUUGUGCUGUGAUGACUCAUCUAAGACAGUAUCGAAUGGAAAUGAUUAAACGCCUGCCACCAGGGCCAAGUAAUUUUAGAAUAUCUCCCAUUGAUACUCCCGGAUCUUCAAGAAGCAAUAACUAUGCAAGCUUUUCUAACAAUAAUAUUGGCUCACCUCAGUCUCAGAGAGUGCCUCAGAGCCCUGCUGGCAGCUCUAGGAUGUCUCCCCUACAUUCUUUACUCUCUUCGUUGCGUUCUAAGUAUAAUGUUGGAAACUGGCAAUCUGCAACCUUGAGAGGAGAAAAUAAAAUGCCAUCAAGCACUCUUUGGAUACAGCAUCCCCCAAAUGCCAACUCUUACAUCAUGGAUGAUGAAAUAUUGGCCAUUUGCAAACUUGCUAUUGGCAAUGUAGGCUCCAUCAUUCAGGUGACCCGCAAUAAUACGCAUGUGGGAUGUGGCUGGGUGGUUGAAUGCAGCAGCGUUGAUGCUGCCAUUUCUGUUUUGAGAAAUCUUCAGGCCUGUCCUCAGAUGUUCCUUCAGAUUGAAUUCAGUCAAUUGGCAAAGCAACAAGGCCCUCCUGUCUCAUUAAAUCCAGAGAGUAGUUCAAUGGGUUUAGUCUCCCCAAGGUUGAGAACUGAGAAAAAUGGAACCGCAUUAGAAGCUGCACAAUGGGAUGCUUCUGUUGGUGCUGAGCAGAACAUGGCGGUGGAUUCUUCACAGUGUGGUCCACCUGUGGUUUCUUGUACAAAUGGAGGAGCAUGGAUGUACAACAAGCCCGAAGUUGAACAGCAGUCAGCUUCCGGGAGCAUAUCAUGCAUGCCAGUCGCAGCACAAGGACCGGUUCUGGCACCUCAGCAAAUUCCAGCAUCUCCAUACAUGAGACCCAUGUAUUUUACCCCACCCAAUCCAUGGGAUGUACAAGGUUCUAGUCAUCACAUGCCUCUGAAUCCAAUAACAGGGUCAGUUCAAAGUAAUUUUCAAACCAAUGCCGUUGCUGCCCCUUAUCCUCCUCCUUCUGUGACCCCUCUGGCACAGAUACAGGGAAACAUGGUGAGGAAUGACCAAACUUUUAUCCCUCCUGUGCCUUUGACAUCCCAACCACCUCAGCCUGAUAUGCCACCUCCGCUACCUCCAUCUCCCCCUCCUUUACCUCAGUCACAACCACCUUCAGCCCCACCUCCACCAAAUUCUCCUCCCCCUCCUCCACCUCCUCCCCCUGUCGGAGAAUCCUCCAACGAGAAAAGGUCAGGACAUGAUCCUCAGUACAAGUGGCAGGGAAAAUUAUCUAAAAGUGGAGUUCACUACUGCACAAUUCAUGCAUUCAGAGUGGAUUCAAAUACGUGCAAAUAUUCAAAUGGCCUCUCUGAACCUACUGAGUGGCCCGUUAAACUAGAUAUGACAAAACGUACUGAUUUUCGGCAUGUAAGGUCAACAUUUACCAGUACUCCGCCACAUAGGAGAGAAGUGUGCCAGCUGAUCCCGUCUUCUGCAGCUGACUGUAAAGGCUUUCAGGAUUUUAUAUCGUACUUGAAGCAGAGGGAAUGUGCUGGAGUUAUUAAAAUUCCUGCUGUAAAUUCUAUAUGGGCAAGGCUCCUGUUUAUUCUUCCUUAUUCACAGGACAUUUGUUCUCUGCUCUCGAUCGCUCCUAAUCCAGUCGACUGCCUUCUUGUGUUGGUUUUGCCAAAAGAAACGAACUUUGAGUGGGUGUGAUCUUAUUAAGUUAAUGGCAGUUUGAGAGCUUGUACAUUAAUGCCUUGCAGAUGGUUGCUUCACAUUGUCGUGUGACAUGUAAUGAGGAAGGCACUGCCCAGAAAAAGUAAAUUCUGUUGGCAUUGGCAAUCAUCUGUGCCUUUGUGAGUGGGGGGUCAGAUCUGGCUCCAAUAAUGCUCGAUGGCAGAAUUAGUUUAACCAGUUCUGUGUACAUUGUACGUUGUACAGCAACCAUCGUGAAAAAAAUUUUGCUUCCUGGUAUCAGCAGGUACUUCUGGAACUUAAAGAUUGCUUACCAUUUGAGUUUAUGGGGAGCUUUCAGGUCCUCAGGAUCUGACAGCGCACUUUUGAACUUUUCUAGUUGAUAAAGUAUAGUAUGGUUCAGGCUUGCAAACUCUCUAGCGUUACUGUGGCUGGAGGUAAGAGUUAAUAUUUGACUCAAUGGAGCAAUAUCUUCAUUUUGCUUUUACAUAAAGAACUAUCUGCUUUUGUUUAAAAUAGUAGUUUUGAAUCUUCCUCGAAGACUUUAAAAUGUAUGGCUUCUUAUCUAGCCUCCUACCUGAUAGUGGCCCUUUGAGGUUUGUUUUGGGAUAUGGAUCCUCUGACUAAGAAGAAUAGUCCCUACUGAUAAAUGGCAGAAGACAUUUAGAAUUGUGGCUGUGAGAUGCAGCAUAGACUAUCGAUGAAUUCCAUUAUUUUGGUGCUUUAUACCACACGGUAAACAGUCUUGUACAUGCACAUAAAAAUUUAGUGGACUUACGUAGGCUUUUCUUUUUCCCGAGGACAUGGUUUUUUUUUUUUCUUAGGCAAUAUGAUUUUGAUGCAUGUUUGCAUUUUGUUUAUGACACUGUUAUGUUAGUCGAUUUACAUUAUUUUUGAGGAAGUUGCAAAGAAGACUUGGAUCUUUCCCCUGAGGAAUAGGAAAUUGUUCAUAGAAAGGAAGCGAUGGAAUACCCUAACAGCAUGGAUGGAUUUUAAGUUCAUGAAAUGGGUUUCUUCUUGUUUACCUCCGACGACUUUGGUUCCUUCUCAUGUGGAAUGACUUCUUGUGUCAGGUUUCCUUAACAAAGAAAAUAUAAGUGUUUCAGAUUCUAUGUCCUUGUAGUUACAUUGUAUUUCCUUCCUUCUGUACUUACUUGUAAAUGUUGUGAAGAUUGAGAACGGAAAAAGCCCUGAUACAGCUGUCUCCAGUGUGGCCGGCGUGCUUGGGAGAAUGAAAGGCUGCCCACAGUCGAAGAAGAUAAGUCUUUUAACGGAUCCUUCCUCUUCUAUUGAACCGGUGAAAUCUGUGUCGCAUUUGUUCUGGCUCCUAGAUGUUUUUGCUCAUGUGACGCUGAUUGCAAAAGAGAAGUUUCUUAUGGAGGGAGUUGUUUGUACUUUUGUCUAGGUCAAGUUCGAGUUCUUAGGAUUUAAAGGUGUCUCAAAGCUAGAUCUUUGCUCCCUUUUAGUUUUAUCUCUGUAUUCAUUCUUUACAUCUUUAGCAUGAAAAUCAAUUGACCCUCUUCUCAUUUUA